AUUCCAAUUCGAAAAACUUGGUUGCAUUUUUGGUGUAAAUUUUUGGCACUUUGACUAUCUACUUACUAGAAAUUGGAUUUGGAGUAAAUUUUUCGCUGUGCUGAGAUUGAGCUGUUUCUUUAGCAGCCAUGAGGAUUGCAAUUUUGCUGUUGAUUGGGAUUGUGGUAUCCUUAGCAGCAGCCGAGACUGGUUCCAAAACACGAGUAAAGGCAACCACUCCUAAGCCAGCGACUACGCCAAAGCCUGCUUUGGAAAGCAACAAUGAGAAAACAGCCACAAAACUCUCAGCGAAGUCUGCAACUAAGGCUAGUCCAACACGAAGCGCUAAAGCUGUAAAGACAACAACUGCCGGCUCUACGAAUGCCAGCGAUAAGCGAGGCAAGCGUACACUUUACGAUUUUGAAAAUGCUGGCUACCUUUAUCCGGAUAUCGCGAGUCGGCGCGCUGGCUACGAGAAUGAUGGUCAAGCGUAUUACCCACAAAGUGGUUACUACAAUGGGCAAAACGCCAUUGCGCAAUUCCCAAACAACUACAUUGGACCACAGUACUAUCCACAAUACCUAGAAGCGCCUGAGCCCAUCAUUGAAAUCAUCAUUAAAGAUUCCAAUGAUACUCUACCUGAACCCGAACCACAACCCAUUGUUACGAAGAAAAAGAAGGAGAAGGUGCACGUCUUCUAUGUUAACUACAAGAAGGACCAGAACAACAAACUUCAUUUGGAAAGUCCCAUCGCCUCGCUCAACAACGAUGACACCGACGAAGAGGAGGAAGAGGAAAUCGUACACUAUCCAGUGCCAGCAACAGCAGCACCACCAGUCAAGACCACAACGCUGCGCACUAUCAUUCAUCCUGAUUCGGAGAAAUACCAUAGUAAUAGUGGCAUACACGUAACUUUCGGUUCCGAGGAUAAAUCGCAGGCCGGACAUCAAAUUGAAGAAUCCGACGCAGAGAGCAUACAAAGUGAAGUGGUGGCCAUACCAGUUGGCGGCAAUUCACAAGCGGCACAUUUUAAAGCAGAUGCCUACAAUACCAGAGCAGAUUUUGGCGUGAGCACGCAAGGUCAAUCGCAUACCGGGGCGAAUCAUCAGCUGUUCACAGGACCGUUCCAGCAAGCGCAUUUCCAGCAGCAGCAGCAGCAGCAACAGCAACAGCAACAUCAACAUCAACAGCAGCAACAUCAACAGCAGCAACAUCAACAGCAACAGCAGCAAGCACAAAUACAGAAGCAACAGCUGCCAUUGCCGCAUACUGGUAAUUAUUUCCGUCCACCAGCCGCUUUGGUUCAACAACCACCCACGAACUUCUAUCAGAAGCAACAGCAAUCGCAAUACCAGCACCAACAACAACAACAACAGCAACAACAUCAGCAACACCAGCUACAACAACAACGACCACAAUUUAGUUCAACUUUCAACAGCGUAGUUGCACCUCCCGCACCACCACCACCACCACCACCACAACCCACCCAGGCACCUGUACCCACAUUGCAACAGAUCCCACAAGCACAGUCACAAUAUCGCAAAACAUUCGGUGCUUCGAGCUCGCCGCAAGGCCACUUUUUCUCAAACCAAAAUCAACAAUACCAACAUCAGUCCAGUAACCAGCAGCAGACGUUCUUCAGUAGCCUCUUCCAAAAACCUACUGCUGCACCCGUGAAGCAGCCGGUUUUCUUCCCCACAGCACCACCAAAGAUUCAAGAGCUGCCCGCUCGUCAAUCAGGUGCUCCUUAUCACCCUGUUAAAUUCCGUCCCACCCUGGUACCGGCGCAGCCACACAUUAAACAAGUGCCGAUACCCGCGAAGUUGGAGAACACCAACUACCAAUCUGCGCAACAGCAACAGCACCACUAUCAGCAACAACAGCACCCACAACCAGCGAAACAUCAACAAAACUACCAUUCACAACAGCCUUUCCAAUUCAACCGUCAACCACAAUUCGUACAACAGCCGACCUUUACAUUGCCCUCACCCCAGUCGAUACCAUCGAACGGGAAUAGCGGCAGCAGUAGCAGUGGUAGCCAUGCAGCCAGCAGCAGUAGUAACGGCAAUUACUUUAAACAAUCCCAACAAUCGCAUUCGCACUCGCAGCUGCUGACACAGAAAUUAGCCUCAAGCCGUUACCAGCCGCAACAGCAACAGCAGCAGCAGCAACAACAGUCGUCCUAUCAGCCGGUCCAACAACAGUCUAAUCAGCAGGCUCAACAAGAAACGCAUCAGCAAUCUUAUAAAACUCAACUGAAAAGCCAACAAAGUCAGAAACCAAGUUUCCAGAGCCAACAAAGUAGCGCGGCUGGCGUUCACGGACCAACAACUGCUUCACUGCAGUCAUCAGAUCCGCUUAAAUCUAUCCACAAUUACUUCGGCGUACAAUCUUCGAAGGAAACUGAGCUCCUCAAGUCCAUACCGAAAUAUGAGCAACAUAUUACGGAGACCAUUGAGUUGCCAAUCGGCGGUGGCCACAGUAACAGUGGACAGUACAAUGGCUUUGGCAAUGUGGGCUUCCAAACACAGAAUCAGGUGUUGCACGAUAUUCCAGCGCCCCAUUUGGGACCCACACCAGCGCCAAGUCAUGCCCAGCAGUCCUACCAACAACAACAUCAGCAGCAGCAGAGCCAUGCGAGCUCAAGCUACGCUAAUGGAAAUACUGGCUCCGCACCACUUUCUUCGAAUGGGCACUAUGUCACCGCCUCAGCGUUGCAAGCGUCGCAGAGUCAGACACACGCUCAGCAGCAGCAACAGCAACAACAACAGUUCAGCAAUUUUGUCACCGCACAUAACAGUCACCAACCCGCCUACCCCACAACGACGCCCGCUCCACCGUUAUACGCCCAAACCACUGACGGCGAGAAGGUUAUGAUUGUGACGCCUAUGCCACCGAAUGCUUAUAAUCAGUACCAUUCCAGCCAGUAUCAGCAACAAGCAGGCGCCUCAAAAGUGCUAGCCAGUUCGUCCUCUUUACAGGCGCAGUCCACAAGCAAUUACGUACAACAGCCAAGACAGUCCGCUGGUAGUCUAAUCUCCUCAACUGUACCCAACGCUGCUGUAGGCAGCUCACCGCAAUUCAGCGUCUCUACGUUCCACUCGGAUGUCUUCAAAGAACUUGAACAACGUCGCAAUGAAGAAAAGGCGCCCAUAAGUCAAUUCAGUUUUGGAACGCAAGUGGCGUCUGGUAAUGACAAACCCUACCUACCAGCCACUCAGGCUAGUACCAGCUCCAAUUAUGGGCAAGCCUCCACCGCGAGCAGCAGCAGCGCACAGCAGAGCGCACAACAGAGCGCACAGAACGCUGUCGAUAACACCAAGAACGCUAAGGCCUCUCAAACUCUACUCCAACUGCCGGACGAAGUGCCCGAUGAUCUGCGUCAGCAGCUACUCUCAUCUGGCGUGCUCAACAACGCAGACAUUUCCGUGUUGGACUACGAUAAAGUGGGCGAUGUGGCAUUGGAAAACCUGCCCGCCGAACAUUUACAGCACUUUUAUGGUGCCGGUGGUGCGGCACAGAUUUCUGCAUCCAAAAAGGUCGUUACCGUUGUGAAGCCCAACGGUGACCAAGUCUCGCUUAGCGAAAAGGAUAUCGAACGCGUCAAGCAGUCUAAUGCUUUGCCACAUAAACAGGGUGUAGAUGUGAAAGUGGUGCAUUUUGAUGCCGACAAUGAGAAGAGUGUUUCGGAAAAGUAUAUCAAGACCGAUGCUACUGUGGUGCCACCAGUUGAUUUGGCCGAACGGCAGUAUAAUCGUUAUUUGCCACUGAAAAUUAAUGGCGCUCAGUUCCCUCUACCGGACAGUGAAGAGUUGCGUGGCAAGAAGGUGGUGAGUGUCGUGGUUUUGGCGCCUGUAGAAGCACAGCCACCGACAAGUUUAGCAGCCAGUAAUGCCAACGAAAGGCGCAGUGAACGCGAAACAGCAGUCGAUGAUAAAGAAGUAAAGUUUCUUGGUGGCGAUCUUAUCAAAACUUUGGUCAAGAAGCCCACUAAAGAGAAUUUCAAACGCUGGUUGGAGAAGGAAGCGCGUACCGAUGUGGAACAGCAAUCGGUGGUACUGCUCGUAGCGAAAUCCAGCGAUGAUGCCGAGCAAGAGAUCUUCAUGUACGACAUUUCCACGGGUGCAGUGAACAAACUGAAUGGUGAACUCUCCAGCGCAUUCGUUAAUGUGGCCGAGGAGAAUGCCAGCUCUGAGGACUUGGAACACGCAUCAACACUCGAUCCCAGCGUGCUGGAGACAAUGAUGCAGAAGACUCGAAGAUGAGCGUUGCGCGCUGCAAUCAAAUGUGCCACUCAAAUGUGCGAAAUAAAGCCAUUUUAUGCAAGACAAAUUUAAAUCACUACCCGAAUGAGCAGAAAGCAAGCCGCUUUCGAGGAGCAGAGCACACCCAGACCAGGAGGGUUGCACCCGAUUAUUUCGCACACACACACACAUACAUAACAUGAAAGUUAGAUUAACUUGAGGAUCUUCAAAUUCAGAAAUCAUCCCCAGCAGCUACUCGUAUUCUGUUUUCAAAAUUAUUCCACACAUCUUUAGUUAUUAUUUCUGUAAGACCAGCCAACCAGUUAGUGGAUUUGU